CAAUACUUCGGAACAAGAAUUUGAGUCAUACUAAGGUAAUUUCGACACUUUGCUGUCAAUUUUUGUUAAGAGUUAAAUGAAUCCUGACCCUUUCUCCCCUCGAACUAUCGCUUUUGUGCAGUUCCGAAGACGCUCGUGCCCUCCUGUGGUAGUUGGCCGCACUGGACUCAGAAGCACUCGUGACGGGUGGUGACCUCUAGCGGUGGGCAGCCCACGGUAAUUCCCACUCUUUCUUUGUGGCCUACUCUAGUCUUCCGCGGUGGAUCAAAGGCUGUCUUAAAAUCUACUGGAAUUUACCACAGCCAGAGAUAAUAGCUAGGAUCUCUGCCAAAGAUACUUACUAGGCGGGAAGGGCAGUCCUGUAAACUCUUUAGUUGAAGUUCUUGCUGAGAAUUGCAUUUAAGGUUGGAUCAUUUCUGAGGUUUGAUUGAACAGAAAUCAAAAAUGCAUGUGACAAGGCAGCAGCUAAGCACUGACAAUCCCGAGUACCAAGAGGUUUCAGCAGUCUUUCGUAAAGGUGCUAAAACUAAAGACUUUGUGCUGAGCAUUGAAGCCAUAGAGAAAGUGACCAACCCAACUCUCCAGCAAGCAUUUGAUAUCAAUAAAGCAAUAUAUAGAAGACAAUAUGGACAUGUUCGUACUGUGAAAGUUUUUCAUGGAACUAAAAUAACUAAUAUUCCAUCAAUUUUAAAAAACAACUUGGAAGUUCGUCGACAUGGCCAGAAUAGAGGACAUCGCUUUGGCGCUGGAGUAUCAUUCUCAGCCAUCUCUAACUACUCAAGUCAUUAUUGUGAUGAGAAUGUACCAGUCAAGCAAAUGCUGCUGUGUUUGGUACUUGUAUCAAAUAUAAUAGAGGUACCAGAGAUGAAGAAAAAGCGCUAUACUAUCUGCGAACCUCCAUUCCUUGAAGGGCACUGGCCUUUAAGAUAUGAUACCACUGCUAAAAACAAGACAACUAUGGAUGUCAUUGUUAAAUUUGAAGACCACACCUUUUAUCCAGCUUUUGUCGUAAGUUUCAGGAAACGUUCAAAAAUGUGUCCUCCAGUAGCAUCACCAUCACCGGUCUAUUCUUCAGAACCCAUUUUCUUACCAAGGUCUGUCCAAAAUGAUUACAAUAGGCCUCCAGCCCAUAGCUCCUUGUAUCGUGACCCAUAUUCAGUUCAUCCUGCUCGUACACAUGUUCCUGUACGGCCUCAAUAUCAGCCUGCUCAAUAUCACUCUGAGCCAUUUUAUACUAGAGCCCAACCACAACCAGCCACCAAUCAAGCGCAAAAUACUACUGGUUUCUGGGAUGUCAUUUCAGCCAUUGGCCGAUUUAUAUUUGGUUGAUUUAAGUAUUAGUGCUCACCAGAGCUCUCAAUUAUAAAAUCAACCCCUAGUUUGGGGGCUAUGCUGGUCCAGAUUUGUACAUAAUGU